GAACUAGGAAAUGGAAAUUCUAUUAUUUUUUAGAAAUGAAUAGACUUGGAUUGGUAGCAAAAAAUCCAGAGUACAAAGGGAGUACGACCCUCCGAGGACCCUCUUUUUUUGAGAGUAAAAUGAAGGAGGACGAAAGUGAAAGCGAGGAGAAUUCAUUUGAGGCCGACUUGGAAUUGGAAACGAGUGGUGAUCAGGAUCUGGAAACAGAGGAAAAACUUAUCCCCUCGCAGCUCAACAUUUUGCCGAGCAUACCCUCAGAAGAUGAUCCAAUGCGCAAAUAUUCAUUCAAACUUAAGCACAACGAGUCUGGCAAUAUCCUAACAGUGCAUCAUACGGUGACGGAGGCUGGCCAGCGACUGCGCAUCCAGAUUGCAGCCUGCUGCUUCAAUGACCAGAGCAACAAACUGGUGGUCAUUGACAAACGUGGCAACAUUUUCGUUUUUGAUUUUGUUAGCAAACGCUAUUGGCGUCUCAGUAUUCGCAUGCCCAAGGCAAAACUGAUUCGGCCAUCGCCCCUGCACAGGAACGACUACAUUGUGGGCAAUAAGCUGGGUCAAGUCCACGCAAUCGAUGUGGACAACUCAAUUGUGUCCGCCAGCAGCGAGGUGGGCAGUGGAGCUAUCGAGGAGUUUAGCUGGAGCAGCAAUAGGCUGCAGGGCGCUCGCAAGUGCACCACUCUGAUGCGCUUUGGCAGCGAAGCGGUCUUGGUGAAUCUCAAGACGCUGAGCGUUUCGCAUCAGCUGGAGUUCGAUGAGUCGCGCUAUACCCUGAAGUUUGCCGGGUUCCUGCCAAACUCGGAUCAGUUCUUCACGUGCUUCACCAACGAUUCGCUGCACGUUUGGUCCUCGCACUCCUUGGGCACCUUGCGGUCAGCGCAGCCCAUAAGGGCGAGAGAUCGCAGGCUGAGGCUGCUGCCCGCUGGAAAAUCCGUUCCAGAGAUCACACUGCGUGGCCCCAACGACAGUGAUGUUGAGGACGAACUGGCAUUCGAGUGCAAGGACCACGACUUUUCCGAUGGACUCUUGCUCGCCUAUUGCUUCACACCCGAUGGCAACAAGCUGUGCUUGAGCACCUUGGAUGGCUAUCUGCUCGUGCUGAGCACGGUUUCUUUCGACCUGGAGAAAAUGUACCGGCUGACUGACUUCAUCCUGAAGAAACUCGCUUUUCUGCCGCAGCCCAAGGAGCGUAUUUUGUUCGGCAUAACAGCCAGGAAUCAAGCUGUGAUGCUGGACCUGGCCCACACGGAUGAAAAGUUGAUUGUGCAGCGAUUGAAUGCCACCAAUUUAGGCUUGAGUCGGGAUGGGAAACUGCUCAGUAUUAUCUCCAAAUGCGGCGAGGUAAAUGUCUGGUCCACUUGCCGACUGUUCAAUGCGCUGCAGGCCCACACAAUCUGCCUCAGCAAACUGAAGUCGACGUUCAAACAGCAGAAACCUCUGCCCACCUGCACUGUCAGCGGCUGCAUGAACCAAGAGGUGCGGCAUCUGCUUAAGCCUGAUCGCCUGAAGGCCAUGCUCAAGGAAUACGGCUGCUACCCGGAGAAAUAUCGCUUUCUCAUAUGGACAUCCGUCUUGGAGCUGCCGUGCAAUGGAAGCCAGUUCCAGUCCCUCAUCAAGCUGGGUACACCGUCCAGUGUCAGUGAUAAAGGUCGGAAUCUGAAAAUUCGCAACGAUUCCCAGAGACGUGGAGUGAUCAAGGUAUGGGGCUGUCUCUCCCAGUGGUGCAAGGUCAUUGGCUAUGCGGACUUUGUGCCGCAUUUUGUCUACCCUUUCGUAAAGCAGUUGCCAAAGAACGGCCUGGUUUCCUUUGAAGUUGUGGCGACUCUCAUCCUGAACCAUUUCCACUUGUGGUUCGAGUUUCACCCCUUGCCGCCUUCCAACUAUCUGGCCAUGUGUGAGAAUCUCUUGCAGCGAUGCGACGAGAAGCUGUGCAAGUUCUACAAGUCGCUAGAGCUGUCGUCCAUGGAUUAUGCCUGGUCUCUGUUGAGUAAUGCCUUUUCGGAGAUCCUAGAGGAGCAGCAGUGGCUCAUCCUAUGGGACAAUAUUGUGACGGAGCCACCUUUCUUUCCAAUAUUUCUGGUAGUGGCCUAUAAUCUGAUACAGCGAGAGGUUCUCCUUCGGCUGCCAGACAAGCGGGCCAUCGUCGCCUUCUUUCACGAUCAGAAUCCGGUGGAUAUAUCCAAGCUUGUUUCGAAAGCGCGCAAACUGGCGGCCAAAUGUGAUGUCAACCUGCAUCCUCAGCGCUUCAUUCAGCGAUUCACACCCAUUCCAAAGGGUGUAUAUCCCAAGUUCCUCAAGUAUCCCAGCGAAUGGAUUGAGCAGCAAGAGGAACAGACGGACAAAAUCAUGAAGUCACACCAGGAAAUCGAUGCACGCAUAAGACAUCUGGAACUGGAGGAGGUCAAGAUGAUGGAGCGUCUGGAAAAUGGUCUCAAACAGGAAGAGCACACGCGACGCGUCAAGAAAAUGGAGGAACUCUAUGCACACACCAUUAAGCGGGAGGAGGAGCGCCUCACCUGCCAGCGGAAAAUGCUGAUUGCAUACCAAAUGGAGGUUCGUCGUCGCAAGAGCGAGGUCAUGACAAAGCUGCAAGAAUCCGAGCAGCGACGCAAGGUCAUGGAAAUGGAGAGGGACAUAGACGUGCUCAUGCACAACAUCGAGCGGGAGAGACGACGCCACAACCAAGAGAUGCAGCUGGCCGAGGACGAGAUUCACAACCAGGAAAUGGACCUCUUGGCACAACGAUACAACAAUGAGUGCGAGGGUGCCCCAUUGGCCGAUAAGUACUACGAUAAAAUUCAAAAACUGUGCCAGGAGCGGGACCUGCUGCAGCAGAGCUUGCGCAAGAUGACCAUAGAAACAGUGCAGCCCACGGGUGGGUCACCGCUGCUGUCCAUCGAAAACUCCAUUGUGGAAAUUCUGCAAGAGUUCGCGGACAUAAUAAACACUGACAGAUCUGGAACGUGAACGCAAUACUUCUUCUUAGAUGAAAGCACAACAAAAUAAGGCCUUAAUGUACAAAUACAUAAAUGUCUAAGCUAGAAUUAUUAUCAUGGCACCAUAGCAUUAAAAUAUGUAAAUAAAAUCAAACAAACUCAUAA